AUGCUGUCAAGUAUUUUACCCAAUACACAUGGGCAGCUCCCCGUAAGUCUGCCUUUGCAGCAGAUGGUUUUCCAGCCAUAUCAAACCCAGCAGUUGCGGCAUCAGCUUGUGAACCAGAAGGUUCAACAACCAAUUUUGCAACCCUCGUUAUUGCAACCAAACACCACCCGAUACAGUAAUGAAAAACAGAAACAGCACAUGCUGCCAGCUCAGCAUCAAUCGACUCAGCAGCCGAUUCUCACAACCAUGGAGGACCAAUGGCAAAUGGGCCAGCUACAAAAUCCAUCAACAUUCCAGCUCAAACCAGAACAUGGACUACAAAAAAAUGUUCUAGAGAAGCAGCAGCAACCGCCACUGUUUAAGCACAACAUGCCAACCUCAUUCCAACAGCCAUUGGGUCUGCAAAUUAAUGCUCGUGAAUUGCAGCAGCAACAGCAAAUGAAUGGACCACAAGCACUUGUGCUGAAUAUGCAGACACAUCAAAAUCCAUUGCACAUCCUUCAACAAUCUGAAGUUACAGCAGGACAACAAAGAUUCCAGCAGAUCCCGAGGCAAAUUCAGUUGCCUCAGUUACUAGGUGCUCAAAAGCAAGGUAAUUUAUUAUCAGGUUCUGCACAGCAAAGGCUACAAACAUCUGCUACUUCGUUUCAUCCUCAGACUAUUAUGCUCAGUGAUCAUCAGAAGCCAGUAGAACAAUCACAAAGUGUGUUUCCUGCAGCCUCAUCAGCAUCAGUAGACUCUACACGUCAGACUGAACAUUCAAACUCAGCGGAUUGGCGUGAUCAAGCCUACCCACAGCUUCAGUCAAUGAGGGACAUUUACUUGCCUGAAUUGCUUAAUUUAUACAACCGAGUCAAUGAAAUGUGCCUUCAGCCACCAAAUGCAGAGGCAGCAACAAAAUACCAAAAAACUAGAAUUUUUAUAGAAAAAAUUCUGAAGUUCUUGCAGAUGCCCAGAGCUGAUAUGACUCAUUGGACCAAGGAGAAAGUUUACCACUAUAUGAAUGUGGUCACAUGGUAUCUUACUCAUGUUAGAGUCAAGAAUCCUGUUUCAGUUCAGCACCACGAACAACUACUUCAGCUACCUGGCGGUCAGUAUUCAAACCCUCAGUUGCGGCAACAAAGAGAGUUGAGACCUCAGUUCAAUUCGUCGAGUCCAAGCUUAACAGUCACACCUGUUGGUUCACCUCAGUUAUCAGCCCAGCAAUGUCUUCUGAACGCACAAGCGAACAUGAUAGACUCACUCCACAAUAGUUCUUUAACAGGCUCAGAAACAAGGAAUGCUUCAGGUCUUCAAUAUGGUUUGGAAAGAUCGCAACAAUGCAAUCUGAGUAGGCCACACCAGACAAGCCUGAUAACUUCUCCUAGUGGUUCUCAAAUUGGAUUAGAACAAAGAACUGUAAGUCCAUUGCAGCAUUGUUCGAUGACAACUGUACAUCAAAAUACUGGAAGCAUGCCAAAAAGGACAAUGGUGAAUGCAUUAGAUCCUACCAUGAAUUCCUUACCAUCAAGCUCUAUUAUAAACCCAUUCCAGCCUAACAUGCAACAACAGAAACAUAAAAUGGCACAGACGCAGAAGUUGAAGCAACCAAUACAACCGCAGUUGAUUGAGCAAAACAGACUGUCGUUGAUGCAGAAGAUGAACGAGGUUAAUGAACCAAAGGUGGGACAGGCCAUUGGUGUCGGUAACAGAAUGCUUCAAGCAGAACAGUUACUGCUUCCAUCAACUCCUAGUCAACUUCCUGCUGCUUCUCCUCAACCCUCUCACAAUUCUUCUCCACGGGUUGACCUGAAGAAUGCAUUCUUGCCAUUUUCAAAGGCUGGAACACCUUCACAAUCCACUACUUCACCAUUUAUUGUUCCUUCUCCUUCAACUCCCUUAACUUCAUCAUCUAUACUAGUGGAUUCUCAGAAAAACACUUCCAGUAUUUAUCCACUACCAAUUGCUGAAGAUACAAAACAACCUCAAGCUGUGCCAGCCAAACAGACCGCAAUCCAGAAUCAAUCUAUUGCCACUAGUACACCUGGGAUAUUGAGCUCCCCCUUGCCCACAGAUUUCACCAGUCUAGAAGGCAAUCAGCAAUCACAUGCUCAAGGACAACCAUUUAAGCGCUUACUUGAAGUGGUAAAAUCAAUAUCACACAAUGCGUUGAGUGCCUCUGUACAGGACAUUGGUGCAGUCGUCACCCUAAUUGAUAGAAGAGCUGGAACAUCACCAUUUGGUGAAUCUAGAAAUGGUGUUAGUCAAGAUUUGGCAGAAGAUAUAAGAUAUCAAUUACAAUCAGGUGAUGACUUCAGCUUGCAAUAUGCGACUGUUUCAGAAGAACGGAUGAAUCGCCACAUAAGUGUACUGGCUUUGGAUGCUUUGUCAUCACCGUUCGGUGAAAAUAAUAGCUUUGAGCACAUACGUGGUCAGGUACCUGAAAUGGAGUCCACUGCAACUUCUCAGAUCAAAAGAUUGAAGAUGGAGCCCAAUAUUGUGCUCUUACAAGAGAUUAAAGCCAUCAACAUGCAGCUAGUCGAAACUGUGUUGGAUGUGGUUUUAGAUUGCACCAAAGAUGCAGCUAAAGCUGGUGAAGGAACCAUUGUCAGGUGCUCAUACAAGGCUCUGGGCCUUAGUGAGGACUUUAAGCUGCACUGUGCUUUAUCACAAAUGUGGCAAAACUUUGUUGUACGAUUGCUUGUUCCUGCAGAUUAUCCCAAUUCAUCACCUGUAUACAUGGAUAUGUCACCAGUUGGUUGUAGGUGAGAGGUCGAGCCAUUUACAUUUCUUCUUUUAAAAUAAGUCUUCAUUGAAUCUCUAUACCAUUGGUGUUCAAUCAAACGUAUAACAUGAACGAACUUCGGCAAAGUUAUGGCUCAACUAAGCAACGAUUAUUAGCACUUGUAAUUGUUCCCUAAAUCCACCGUGAAGAUUAUAUGUUUAUGGAUGGAUGGAUGGAGCUGGUCAGCUAAAGUGGGGACUAAAUACCUUGAGGUUUU